CUCUCUCUUACUCCCAAUNUUUAAUCCCUCGCCCACUUCUUUCCCCUUCUUUUACACCCUCAACCAAACCUCAAAGAAAAACGAAAGCAGCCAUGAAGCUCAAAAACAAAGGUAGAGUAUUCCCAUCCCCUUCUUCUUCUUCAUCUUCUUCUUCUUCUUCUUGUGAAGACUAUCUUUCCAUUUUGAAGCUUCUCCCAGCUGCCAUUUUGGCUCUUGCUUCAGUCCUUUCUCUCGAGGACCGUGAGGUUUUAGCUUACAUGAUAACCAGGUCCCUCAAAACCACCACCACUGCCACCAACUCUUCUUUAAUCUCCCAAGAUUAUUCUUCCAAGAAGAGAUCUUCCAAGAAGCCACCACCUACCGCCUCCAAGCUGACCCAAAAGAAUGGCGCUUUACCCCAUAAGCCGCCCGUUUUCGAUUGCGAUUGUUUCGACUGCUACACUAGUUACUGGUUUCGUUGGGACUCGUCUCCUAACCGCGAGCUUAUCCAUCAAGUUAUUGAAGCUUUCGAAGAUCAUUUAACCAACGGGGAAGCCCAGAAACCUUCCAAGAAGAACAUAAGGCCCAAAAAGAGAGACAGUACCAGCAAAGUGGCCAGUCGGGUCCCCGACAGCCCGGUUGGUGACCUCCCGGUUCAGCCCGACCAAGAAGUUCUGGUCUCGGAGAGUAGUUCUACCGACGAAGCAUCGGUUUUUAACGAUGACGUCACUUCAAGGGAGAAGGAUGUUAAAGAAGAGGUAGCUGACGCGGCAGAAGUGACUGAAGAGUUUGCGGUAGUGGAGGAUGCGGAGGUGGAAAUACGGACGGCGGCGACGAGUAGCCACAAGGGGUUGGCUAGGAAGGUGUUGCCGGACGUGUUAGGAUUAUUGAAUUCUCGUUUAUGGGGUCUUUGGAAUCCAAAUGUGUAAUAUUUCUUUCUUUCUUUCUAUUUUUGGAGAAAAAAUUUAUUAUUAAAAAUAUAUUUUUGGGGAUACAUCUGUGCCCGAAUAUAGGCAUGGUCCCUCCCUUGAAUAGCAUGACCCUUUUUCCGCUUUGCUUUUCUGCACUGGACUUAAAAAAUGUACCUGGCGGCGAGUAGUCAUUUUCCGGGAGAAAAAGGAGUUGCACAUAAUUUGCUUCUGUUUUGGGCCAUAAUUUUGUUAUCAAUUAUUUAUUUUGUAUUUGGCUUAGGAACGAAGUAUUGUGGUUAGGUAAGAUAGUUUGUAAAAAGUGGGCCAAUUAGAAUGGGAUAUUUUUUUUUGAAAGAAUAAGAAUGGGAUAUUUUGCUA